CCGCCCCCACAAAUCUUGCCGGGGAAACGAGGAGCAAUUGGGGAGAAGGAGAGACGAAGAGGAGGAAGACGAGGACGCUUCGGCCCUCCAUCCGAUAAUUGUCCUCCCCAAGGAUCAGAAGCUGGUCUCGGGGAAAAGCCAGCCCAGCAGUCCUUCCCGCCCCAGGGAUAUGCCAACGGGCACCAUGAGAGACAGCCGGCAGGGCGGAAAGUGGAGAGGACGAUGGGGCAAGAAGAUCUUGGAAUCAUGAAGGAGCGUCCUCCAAGUGCCUACGUCCAGCCCACGUCCCCUGCUGUCAAUUCAUCAAUCAGCAGCUCCCCGGAUUGUCUUCCCUGGUGGACUCCAGAACCUGCCAGAUGGAGGAGGAAGGAAGAUGAGCUCGGCCAAGUCCAGAGUCCUUUGCAAAACCUCGGGAAGGGGUUCAAGGAGACCCCAUUGAGUUCCCCCAGCCAGGCUUCUUCACCGGCCCUCAGCAGCUCUCCAAAUGGUCUCCAAAGAUGGACGUCGGGGCCAACGCAGCGGGCAAGGAGAGAGGAAGGACUCAGUCAGAGCAGCAACCCCUUGCAAGGCCUGGAGAAGUGCUUGAAGGACAUCCAGAACCAGCGAUGGUCCCCGGCCGUCACUUCCUCCAUCCAUAGCUCACCGGACAGACUCCGCCAGUGGACACCAGAGCCAGCGCCAUGGGCCAGGAGGGAGGGAGGAGGAAGCCCCCCGAGGGUCCCACCACUUCAGGGCCUGGAAAAUUGCCUGAAAGAGAUUGCCCCCAGCAGAGACUUCCUUGUGGCCUCCAGUCCUGCAGGACGCAGCUUCUGCACUCCAAAGCGGCCAGGAAUGGAGGAGGCUCACUCACCAAGGCCUUGGGCUGCAGGGAGCCUCCCUCCACCAUGUGCCUCUGAUUUGGAAGUGGCUGCUGAAAAUUCUCCCCUCCACCGGCUGAUGAACUGCCUGAAGGAAAUCCCAAUACAACGGCCAAGUUAUCUCAACCCACCAAGCGCAUUCUCCUCUUCCACAUCCUCCUCCUCUUCCUCCUCCUCCAGCUGCAGUGAAACCGAAAGGGACCAGCAGAGCCCAGGAAGUUCAACCUGGUGGGAUGGGGGCCAAGGUCGACAUCAGCUGCCAGGAUCCGAGAGGGAUGUUCUUGUAGGACCGAAGGUGAUGUUGGAGGGUAAGAGGAAGUGUCCGCCCGCCCAACUCCCUGUAGAAGAGGAAGAGCAGUUACCUUACACACGAGAGGCCAACUUUGCCGACGGGGGCGGUGAAGCAUCUUCUGCCUCUCUCUGUGGCAACCCGGAGAAUGACGCGAAGGACACUGAAGAUGUCAAGCAGAUGUUUCCCUCCAUCCACCCUCUACGAUGCUCCACAGCUCCGAAGGAUGUGAUGUCCAGAGCAUCUGAAGCAAGGGAAGAUGGGCCACCUUCCACACUUCUUGCCAACAAGGUCUUCACCUGUGAGCAGCAGAAGAGCCCAAGAGAUACAGCACCAGACCAGACCCCAACAUGUUCCAGCCCCCUAAGCCACAAUUCCCAGGAUGGGACACCUGAAGGAAACAUGGACUGGAGUCUGGAAGAAGUCCAGGUCCGGCCACAGCCUGCAGACAAAG